GUUCGAGGGAGACGCGUCCGUCUUCCGUACACGCACUAGUCAUCCGCACGUUGUGUCUCUCGCUCUCGUACGUGUUCGUAGAAUUCGUAUCUCGAGGCAGUUUCCGAUCUGUGGUGCCUGUUUAUACAUCCGUAUAUUCGCGUGGAGAGAAAGGAAGAGAGGAGAGAGAGAGAGAGAGAGAGGAAGAAGAAGAAGAAGAAGAAGAAAAAGAAGAGUUCUGUGAACGACCUCGUGCGCGCGGUCCACGAGGCUUUCUUCGGACGAAAACGGAACACACGUUUGCUUACACACAACGUAGACGGAUAUUUAAACGUGUCGUCCGCGGCGGGGAGAGAGAGAAGGAUACACGGGGAGGGAGGGAGAGAAAGCGAAGAAAAAGCUCUCUCUGGGCCGCCUCGCCGCCGGCUUUCCACGGCCACGAAUCGAUACCACGCGACCGUCGUCGUCGUCGUCGUCGUCGCUGCCGCCGCCGCCGCCGUCGUCGUCGCCGCGUCGGUUGUUCCUCUCUCUCUCCCUCUCUCGCGAACGCGUGGCUUUUCCUUCCCUCUUUUUUUUGGCUUUCUUCCCCAUCGGUUGUCCCGGGGAACAAGCGGAAUCGCGCCGCGCUUCCUCCGCGAGGAUCGACGCGGACGGGGUGUACCGUCUCUCGAGGUGCGCGACGUUUGUUGCUCGUGGCCCAUCCCCGAAAGGGGACGGUAUCGGCUGUGAAAGCCUGUUCCGUGAGCGAUCGCGAGUUUUUCUCUAACGAGGAAGAACGGGAGAUUGCGUGCGACGAGGAUCGGCGGGACGACCGGUCGGUGUGAACUUUUAUAAAGUGGCGGUUCAGUGACACGUGACGCUGUCUGUUUCUUGGUGGAUUCUGUGACGAACGCGACAGGUGAGAUACUGCGCGAAGAGAGAUCCUUCACCAACUCCUGAUCGUCGUAAAAGGAAAACAUUCGCCCUUCAUCUGAGGAAUAGCGUCAUCAAAUGCAUCAUAAAAUAAUCGAAGAUCAGAUUUAAAGACACGAGCCACGCAUUAUAGAGGCUGUGAUGAGGGAAGUCGGCUAAGAAGAGCCCGUGUCGCGCAAGCGCCGGUAGAGGAGUAUAGGAAAGAUGCCGCUUUCCUCGAGAGUCUUAUUAAGCCCGCUGCUGCUUCUAAUCAUCGCAGGAAGCACCGGCGCCUCCCGGCCAGGAGAAUGCUCGUUUCCAGCGAGAUGGGAAGGCAAGUGGUUCCAAAGUGGCGUGAGGCAAUCAAUAGAAAUAUUCAAGAACGAAUUAUCAACCAAGGGCAAAUGUCUACACAACGAAGGCGACAAGUUUCUUUUAGUAGAUCUGAAAUCAUGCUACCGUUGCGUCGUCAUUCACGAGAAGCACUCCAACGUUCUUCAGUACAAAGAGACUUACUGUCACAGUAAGAAUUCUCUGGCGUCCCUCUGCGCGUUAAUUACGGGCGAUGCGUUGCUAUACUCUAUGUUUCGCGAGGAGGCGCCACCCGUAGCGUGCCCUUUUCGUGGUCCCAUGACCUUCUCGUACAACCGGGGUCACGGCACGUGCUCCAAUCCGCCGAGCAACGUCGACACCUGUACAGAUGACAGCAGACUCCUGUUCAAGUAUCAGGCCUGUCCCGACGUGCCCGCUUCGGAGAGCGCAGUGGAAGAGCUGGAGUGCCUGGCCACCUGGAAGGAGGGCAGCAGCCGUUACUUGGUCGGCCGCCUGCAUCACGGCCACGCGUCCAGUAACGAGGAUCGAUACCGAUGCUUCGUGUACGAAAAGGCCGGCCAGACGGUACAGGGUAACCUGAACAGGGCCGCCAUGGGCAUGGGCGCCAUGGAUCACGAGGUCGCCCUGCCGGGCGGACCGGUGCCCGAGGGCUCGGCCGAGGUAUACCGGGUGGCGCAGAGCGGCGACGCCACGUGCAACGGUCUGUUCAGUCCCAUGGAGGGUUCCCGGACGAUGACGUUGAAGAAAGUCUCGUCUCCGGGCGAAUGUCGAUUCCCGAAUUGGCUGACCGGACACUCUAGUGGCGGACUGACUUGGCACACUCUAGACCUCGGCAGAUCUUACACGUUUCAUCCGCGAAACGCUUCCCUGCACGUCGCUCGACAGAAUGCGACUUCGUCAGGCUUCGAGAGCGGGUCCCUGGACUUACAAUACGUGCCAGGACCGGAUGAUCAGGACGUGAAGAUCCUUUGCAACAGCAUAAAGCAGUCGAACGGCGCGCAGACUAUGACGAUGACGAUGCUGGUAGCGCAUUUCACUGUCGGCUGUCGGAGCGGUUUUAUGUGCAUGACAUUCUACCGAAGAGACGGCCACGUGAUCGAGCUGCAGACUGGAAGUGAAGUAUCUAGACCGGAAGAAGCAUGCAGCCCACCCCAUUUUCUGCAGCACAGUAUGCCCUUCCUCACCUUAGUCACGAGUUCUCCGGAGCCGCGCACUUGUCCAUACUUGGGCAAGUUCACGGUGACAGACGUGAAUAGGAAUCUACGGAAUACGCGCGAGAGUCGCAGAAGCCAGCACCAGCAAGAGUCCCUGCCCAUCCGUCACGACGGCGAAAAAGUGCGACACGCUCAAGAGAGAAACGAGGACCGUCGGGGCCGCAAGCUGGAUUACGAGGUGGAGAAGAGACGGGCCAACAACGAGUACUUAGUCCACGAGAGAAUGGGUCGGCGAGCGCGCUCGAAUCGCGGCAAUCGAGGUCACAAAGACUACAGCCUAGAAGAAGUCGCCGCCACCUUGUCGAGGAGAUCCUCCGAGUUGGAGGAUACCUUCCGGGAGCGUGUCUCGCACUCGCGUUCCAAAACAAGAAGAUCUCGCGCCGCUCAACAGACCUCGCACGAGACUGAAGACGCAAAGGUCGGUGGUAGCGAAGGUGUAGAGGUCAAGGACGAGACGGACUCGAAAAAUAGGAUGAGCAGAUCGAGAAGAGAUCCGAUAGAAGACUUCCGGCCGAACGACGCGGAUAUUCUCGGACGGUUCUGGAUCGCGGAAGACGCCUGGAGCUCCAGUUCGCUUCAGGUGCAGGACGAUUAUUUCGGGGAUUAUCUGGAAGCCGAAAGUCCACCGCGAAAGAGAUCCGCGUCGGACAAAGGUUACAUGACCUACAAGGAUAUUCUGAGGAUGAAGAGGGAACUCGAAGAACGUGAGAGGGACGAUAACGUUCCGGAAAGGAGAGAGAAGAGGAACGAGGAUGAGUCGAGGUGCAGCUCCGAGGUGACGACCUUAACCGUGGGCUGCUCCACGGCGGACAGGAUGGAGUUUCAAAGUGACUGCGUCGACGACGCUAUCACCGCUUACUCUUGCCACGGUAGAUGGUUCGACGCCGAGGGCACGCAGUUCGUGAUCGCCACUCCGUUGGCGCGCAGAACAGCGUGGUCGAACAGCGAGAGCAACAAUAGAGCGCAGCCCUACAGAAACAGCCGUAGACUGUGCUUCAUGUACAAAGAGAGCGGCGGAGUUGUCAGUUUGACUGCCAGUCCCAUAGCGUGUCAGAGGGGCAUCCCGCCGCCCACGCCGAUGUUGGCCUUCAACGCUACCAGCACCGGUCAAUGCAUGGAAACGAAUGGUGGAAGGAUCGGCCGAUCGACGUACCUGACGAUCGUUCUGCUGACGGUGACUGCCGUGAUAUUCAGGUGAUUCUAAUCGAAAGCGCGACAAUUAAUUCAAAUCAGUUAAAAAUCGGAUUCGACAGCGAUAUCGAACGCUCGGUGAUAGUUGUAAGAGAUAUUCGCGACAUAGUGAUCGGCCAUGACGCGACGCGACGCGAUCGAACGAAUGCCUGGGUCAAUCUAUGAAAAAAGAAAAAAAUUAAAAAAAAGACAGUGCGAUUUUAAACCGCAAACGAGAAAGAUGCGGGAAGUAAGAAUAGCCAUUGACCGAUUUAGACAAUCGUGUUUGUGGCUCCUGUUAGUUUCUAGCUGUCGGGAGAAACUCGCGUUCGAAGUGACAUUCUCGCGUCGUCGACGGAAAACGAAACGGAUAAAAGCAGUGAAACGGAAAAAGGAAGGAUACGAUGGAUAUCAUCUCGCGAAGAGUCGACGGGAAGAGAUCCCACGAAAUCAGUGAAAAUUAGUUGAAUUUCCAGCGGGCUCUUUUAGUGCGCGAAGAAGGAAAAGCUCGAGGGCGAGUUUUCCUCGACAAGUAGAUUUUUUUACUGGAUGUAGCGCGUAGGCACUAAGAUUGGGCGAAGAAAUUAACGAAAUUAUUAAGCAAUUUUUAUGGUUAGACCAUAUCACGAGAUCGGUAUCGUGACGGAUCGACGCGGAUCUCGAUCGAGAACGAAGGACUUUGUAGGAUGCGAUCCUGUCCUGUCGUUUCUUGCCGGUGAAACAUAACAAACGAUCGAAUUACUUUUUAAAA